AUGAGAGAGAUAUAUGAAAGCGUGAAAGACGGAAGGGAUAUGACAGUGUUGGUGAGCGGUGGUGGCAGAGCUGCCAGCGAAGAUCAAAUUUUCACAUUUCUCUAUUACAUAACCGCUCGUCCUCCUAUCCUGGCGGCAGAAUUCAACUUUGAUAGCAACUGUUCCUCCUCUUACAUAACUGCCCCUUCAAACUCUCAAUGUUUCAGCAACUUCUUUUUCAGUGCUCCCACAAGCCCCACUAGAAUCUCCACCUUCAUCAACAAUAAUAUUCCACUUUCUUCUUCUCUUAUUCACAACCACCAUCAACAUGAACAAGAAUUUCAAUUCAAUUUCAACAGCCACCUCGAACCACCUUCCCUUUCUGCCAAUGAACUCUUCGAUGAUGGAAAGAUCCUCCCUUUAGAAUUAACAUCAUCAACAAUAGUAACCGCAACAAAUUCUUCUUCUUCUUCUUCAAGAAACAAUACAAAGCCUUCACAUGCAUUGUUCUUAUCUUCAAUCUCGUUCACGAGAGGGUACCCAAAAUGGAGGUUAAAGGAUUUUCUUCUCUUCAGGAGCGCCGCAGAAGGAAGAGUCAUUGAUAAAGACCAUCUGAGAAAGAAGUACGAGGUUUUGUCCAAAGAUAAAUGUGGUGGUAAUGAAGGGAUGUGA